AUGGAGGCAACCGCAGUAAAGCCGGGCAGCAACCAAACGUCGAAUGAGAGCACAGUGCCACAGCCGUCCGAAUUGUUACCGAUGAACGAAGCGGAGCAGAGAACCUCCGGAGAGCCGACAGAAGACAAUUCGGCCGUCGAUGAGCCCGUCGCGGAGUCCAGUGCCGCUGCAAAGGCAACAGAGACAACUUCAAAAAGGAUAGACGAGGAGGAGCCGCCAUCCGACGCCACAGCAGCAGCAGCGGAGAUAACAUCCAAAGGAAAAGCCAAGGACGAGCCGCCACCACCGGCCGACAAGCACAGAGAGGGCGACUCGCUUUCAAUAGGGCCGACUGACCAGCCGGCGCCCGCCGUCGCCGGUAGCGAUAAGAUUACGGAGUCGGCGCCCGUCUGCGCCAUCACGUUGCUGCUCCCGACGGGCGCGCGGCACCCGUACAAGAUGGACGAGAAGUACCUGGCCAAGCGCAACGUCGACGUGCCGGACGUGACCGAGUCGGGCGCGCGGGACCCGUUCAGCAUUUCGGUCUAUAAGCUGAAGGAGCUGAUCCUGCGCGAGUGGCGCGACGAGUGGGAGGGAAAGCCGGCCAGCCCGAGCAGCAUCCGCCUGAUCCAUUUUGGAAAGCUGUUGGAUGACAAGGAGCAGUUGAAAAAGUAUAAUUUUACCCAUGACAGUCCCAAUGUGGUCCACAUGUCGGUGCGGCCGCCUGAGAUGAUGGAGGAGGAGGAGACGGGCAAAAGCAAGUCAGCCGGCAGGGAGGGGAGAAACCGCGAAGGCGGCAGCGGCUGCUGCGUUAUUCUAUGA